UCUGAGGAGCCCAAAUUUUCCAGUAGCACCACAGGCGGCUGCUGCACAAAGACAGACAGAAAAAGGGACAGCUAGAUGACUAAAAACUAGGAGACAAGAAUUAUCAUUUGGGCUCUCUUAAAAUAUUCACACUAUAGAUACCUAAGAGAAAUUUUGUUUCUUUUUGAAGUUUUAUAUUUACAUUUUCAUUGAAGAGGGUAAAGAGAGAAAAAAAAGGGAAAAUGACAAGUCUGCUGUGCAUCACAAUAAUCUGCUUGACCCUGGCUGGCAGUGCGUACAGUCAGGGGACAAACCCUCCAUCCCAUCUGACAGUCAAGGUUAUUGCUGACCUAGGAGCCAACGUCACCCUGCCCUGCAGGCUUAUGAACAAAGGCACCCCGUCCUUUGGCCACAUUGGUAUUCGAGUCAAAUGGUCCAAGGUGGAAGAUGAUGAGGCGCUGAAUGAGGAUGUGCUCCUUUCAAUGGGUUUCCACAAGAACAGCUAUGGAAGCUUUGAGGGUCGUGUCUUUUUGGAGGAGCAGGACAGCGAAGAUGCCUCCAUAACAAUAACUGAUGUCUCCAUGGACGACAUGGGAACGUACCGCUGUGAGAUCAUCAACGGGAUGGUAGACAAUGUGCAAGAAGUUGUCUUGGAGGUCCUAGGUGAUCUCACUGAUGGUGUUGUGUUCCCAUACCACCCACCUAUGGGCCGCUACAAAAUGACGUUCGACAAAGCCGUGCAGAUCUGUCUGGACCAGGAUGCUGUGAUCGCCUCCCCUGAGCAGCUGUUUCACGCCUUGAAGGGAGGCCUGGACUGGUGCAAUGCUGGUUGGCUGAGUGACGCCACAGUGCAGUAUCCAAUCAACAUACCCAGGGAACCUUGCGGUGGCUCCAACAAUGGGCCUGGUCUCAGAACCUAUGGCCAUCAAGACAGAAAGAUUAAAAAUUAUGAUGUGUUCUGCCACUCUUCCGCACUCAAGGGACGAUUCUAUUGGCUGGUCCAGCCCGACAGGCUGACCUUUGAUGAGGCCAUGCAGGCAUGCUUGAAUGACGGUGCAGAGAUCGCCAAGGUGGGCCACAUGUAUGCCGCCUGGAAGCUCGAGGCCUACGAUCGAUGUGAUGCUGGCUGGUUAGCUGACGGAAGUGUCCGCUAUCCCAUCUCCAGGCCCCGCAAGAACUGCAGCCCCACAGAGGCUGCGGUGCGGCUGAUUGGAUUCCCAGACAAGAUGCAGAAGUCUUACGGGGUCUAUUGCUACAAGGCUGAGCAGUGAGAUGGUAGUUAGGGGUAGGGAAGCCAUAACCACCAAAGAGCAGCAACAACCACAACAAAUAAAAUCAACAACAAAGCAGAUGAGCUUUGGAUUUUAAUUAGCAUGAACUCAAUACAUUUCUGACGCUGUGAUAACCUGUUUUAAUCUCUAUAGAAAAACAACACUGUAGAUCUGAAAUCUACAUGCAAUGAAUGACAAAAAUAUCUUAAAGCCAUUCAGUUUUGUCUUUUUAUACAGAAACUCGGGAUUCAUUGAUUCUACACAUGAUUUUAGGUAAAGGGCAACAGUGCUAAUAAAUGAGUGGCGUUACAGAGACAAGAACUUAAUGGUCGUGAAACAACAUCUACGUUUGGUUUGUCCUCCACAGAAUAAUUAGAUGUGUGAAGUUCAAGAUUUAGAGCAUUUGGUACUCACGUGCCGACGGGAUUUUUGGCUUUAAAAAUGUGUCUAAAGAACAAAACCAUGUGCUCUUUUAUUUUAUCAAGCAUCACAUCAGUGACAGAUCUUACGGCCAUGAACAUAUUUAGCUACCACUGUUGAGCGAUGGAUGGUCAGUAAUCAACUGAAUCCCUCUGUUUCAUCAGAUUUGCAGAUUCGCUCUUUUUCACCUGUUAAACUGCAGAAGGGUUUUUCAGUGUGAUGAUCAAAAUUGACUGUUUAUCAACAGAAUGAAUGUAAAUGUAUUGGACUGUGACCUAUUCUGCUUUGAUUAAUGGCUCCCAUUUGAUCAAAACACAAUUACAAUUUGAAAGACAUUUUUACUAUUGUAACCUUAUAGAGUCUGUUUGUUCUAACAAAAUGUUUUUCGUCAUAACAUUUUUUUACACGUUUAUAAUGUUCCUUUUAAAGAAAAAUAAAGAUUCCGUCUCACACAA